AUGAAAUCCAAAAGGAAAGUAUUCACCCAUGACGACUACAUGGUCGGGUGGAUCUCUGCGCUCCCGCUCGAGAUGGCGGUCGCAAAGGAAAUGCUGGAUGACUUACAUCCUAAGCUAUCACACGAUCCCAAUGACAGUAACAAUUAUGCCCUUGGCUCGGUCUUCGGAAACAACGUCGUUAUUGCCUAUUUACCAUUUGGAGUCUAUGGCACUACUUCCGCAGCCACAGUCGCGACAGAUAUGCGGCGUACCUUUCGAGCCAUACGGAUCAGUCUGAUGGUGGGCAUCGGCGGCGGGGUGCCAACAAAGGAGGCUGACAUUCGACUAGGUGAUGUUGUUGUGAGCAAGCCAACAGAUUCAUUCGGCGGAGUGAUACAAUACGAUUACGGCAAAAAGGUGCGUGGUGGCACCUUCUUGCGAACAGAUUGCCUCAACAAGCCCCCGCAACUGCUGUUGACGGCAGUCUCUGAUCUGCAAGCCGAACAUAUAAGGGGAAGCUGCCAGAUCCCGACAACCCUUUCACAGGCUUCCCAGGAUCACCUAUAUGAAGCCGAAUAUGAUCACCAAGGGACAGGAAAGACAUGUGAUGGAUGCAGCAAGAAUAUGCUGGUUGGUCGAUUACCGCGAGACUCAAGCGAUCCCGUCAUACAUUAUGGACUCAUUGCAUCCGGUAGCCAGGUCAUAAAGGAUGGAGUCACAAGGGAUCGACUAGCCAGAGAGCUCGGUAUUCUGUGUUUCGAAAUGGAAGCGGCUGGGUUGAUGGACCACUUCCCCUGCCUGGUUAUCCGUGGGAUUUGUGACUACUCCGAUACCCACAAGAACAAACAAUGA